AUGAAUACUGGCCAAUUGUUCUCAACGGGAGAUAUGAGAGCGGAGGUGUCAAGGAGUCUUGUAGAUUAUUCCAAUGUAUCACAAUCAACGCUUCGAUAUAAUUCUUCCACUUCUCCUUCUUCUCCAUAUUUAAUCAAUGGUACUGACCGGUUCGAAUGGUAUAGACAACAGAUGUACUCGAAUCUUAAUAUCAAGAAGCCAGAAACUGCAUCAAAUAUCAGCACAUUAUAUGCCUAUGAAUUCGAACACGAAAUAACAGUGACGACAACUUCUUGGAAACGUUUGGGUUAUCGAGUUUAUUGUCGAUAUGUUGAUAGAAACGAUAUGGAAGUAGGAGAACCAUUUGAAAGUUUUACGUAUCCAGAGUAUAUUGUGACCUGCAAAAAGAGAAAAGGAACCAGUAAAAUAGGAUUAAGUGUUGAGAAGAAUGGAGAAUUUCAACCAAUUCCUAUUGUGGAUAGAAUGCUAAAAAAGUCGAAAUACGAGCUAUCAAUGUGUAUAUCAGCAAUAUAUGGAUCUGAACCAAAAUGGCUGAUGUUUAUUGAAAUGAUUGAACAUUUCAAGAUGCAGGGCGUCCAACACUUUUAUGUUCAUAUUUUUAAUGCAUCAAAUUACGACUUAAGAGUGAUUAAUGAUUAUGUUCGGACGGGAGAACUCGAAGUGCAUUAUCUGAUUGAAAGAGAUUCUAGGACUGACGAUCGUUGGCAAAAAGUUAAUAUUGCGGACUGUUUAAUCUGGUCUAGAUUGGAAUCGAAAUGGACAAUCUUUGCUGAUUUGGAUGAAAGAAUUUAUAUGACAAACUAUACGGGGACUAUUUUGGAUUAUGUAAGAGAAGUCAAGAAUGAAGAUGUUGCUAGUAUUCAGUUCAGACAACAGUGGAUUAUGAAAACUGAAUUGAUGCCCGAGAAGUAUGAAGGAGAGAAACAAAUAGAUACUUGGAUGCCAACUCAUCGAUGGCAUAAUUCAUCUGGAAUUGGCUCUCCAGGUCAUACUGCUAAAUGUAUAAUUGACUCAUCGAAAGUGUUCAAGAUGUUUAUUCAUCGCCCGACCCAAUUCUUCCCGUUACUUAAUAAAACGUACAUUCAAAAAGUUGUAAAUCCAGAAGAGGGAAUAAUACGACAUUAUCGAGAUCAAAACCUUGGCUCUUGGGGAAGAAAAUGGCUGAAAGGAAUACUGAAAUUUGGACCAUUCCGAAGACGUCUGGAUUCUCAAAGUGAUGAGAAUAUGAAUACAAGUGGACUAAUUGACGGAAUGGAUAGAUUCGAAUGGUAUUCUAUGAAGUUGAAUAAUUCGCUGAAAACCGCCGACAAAGUCAGCACAUUAUAUGCCUACGAGUUCGAACAUGAAAUAACUAUAACGGUAACUUCUUGGAACUUUAUCGGUUACCGAGUGUUCUGUCGAUACAUUGAUGAAAACGAUAUGGAAAUAGGAAAACCAUUUGAAAGUUUCACGUAUCCAGAGUACAUUGUGACCUGCAAAAAGAGAAAAGGAACCAGAAAAAUAGGAUUGAGUGUCGAGAAGAAUGGGGACUAUCAGUCACUCCCGAUUGUGAAUAGAAUGCUCAAAAAGCCAACAUAUGAGCUGUCAAUGUGCAUAGCAACACUCUACGGAGAUGAACCGAAGUGGUUGAUGUUUAUUGAAAUGAUUGAACACUACAAACUACAGGGGGUCCAACACUUUUAUCUACACAUUCAUAAUGCCUCUAAUUAUGAUUUGAAAGUGAUAAAUGAAUACGUGAGAACCGGAGAACUAGAAGUUCAUUAUCUGCUGGAAAGAGACCACAGAGCUGAUGAUCAUUGGCACAUGGUUAAUAUUGCGGACUGCUUGAUUUGGUCUAGAGGAGAAUCAAAAUGGACUAUUUUCGCAGAUUUAGAUGAAAGGAUUCUGAUGACAAAAUAUCCAGGAACCAUUUUGGAUUAUGUCAGAGAUAUUGAUGAUGAAGAAGUUGGAAGUUUGCAGUUCAGACAGCAAUGGGUUUUAAAAACAGAGUUGAUGCCAGAGAAGUACAAAGGUAGAGAUCAGCUAAACGAGUGGAUGCCAACUCAUCGAUGGCACACUUCAACUGGGAUUGGUCCCACUGGGCACACAGCAAAAUGUAUAGUUGAUACAUCGAAAGUAUUCAAAAUGUUCAUUCAUUAUGUUGUCGAGUUUUUCCCUACGCCAGAUGGAAACUUUGUUGAAGUAGGCGUAGCACCAGAAGAAGGAUUAGUCAGAUCCCAGAUGAACAAAUAUUUCCAACUGGGUGCAGUUUUCAUAGUGUUUCUGUUUUUAUUCGACAUACUAUUGAAUAAUUCGUCCUUUUCGUCGAAAGUUCAAUAUCCUUGCUUCUCUACGAAAAAUGAAUACUCGAAUAAUGUGAAACUUGAUAAACUUCUCUCUGAAAUAGAUGUCGUUGGUACAACUGUUGAGCCAACUGUUGAGCCAACAGCUGAAUAUAAAAUUGAUGGAGUAGACAGAUUCCAUUGGUAUUUGAAGAAAACUGCCGGAAACUUGCUACAAAAUGCACCGAAUAUCAGCACACUAUACGCAUAUGAAUUCGAGCAUGAAAUAACCGUAACUACAACUUCAUGGAAGAUGAUUCGACUACGAGUAUACUGCAGAUACUUGGAUAAAAAUGAGAACGAUAUCGGUGAUCCAUUUGAAAGUUUCACAUAUCCAGAGUAUAUUGUGAGUUGUCCAAAACGAGAGGGAACGAAACGAAUUGGAUUGAGUGUGACUCCAAAUGGAGAGUUCGUACCACUUCCUUUGGUUGACAGAAUGUUGAAAAAGCCCAAAUACGAGUUGUCAAUGUGCGUUGCUACACUUUAUGGUUCAGAAGCAAAAUGGCUUCUUUUUAUAGAAAUGAUAGAACAUUUCAAACUGCAGGGUGUCCAACACUUUUACAUUCACAUUCACAAUGCAUCAAACUACGAUUUGAAAGUAAUAAAUGAUUAUGUGAGAACUGGAGAAGUUGAAGUUCAUUAUUUAUUGGAAAGGGAUCAGAGAACUGACAACCACUGGCACAUGGUUAAUAUUGCGGACUGCUUGAUUUGGUCUAGAGGAGAAUCAAAAUGGACUAUUUUCGCAGAUUUAGAUGAAAGGCUUCUAAUGACAGAAUAUCCAGGAACCAUUUUGGAUUAUGUCAGAGAGAUACGAAACGAGUCAAUUGCAGGGAUACAGUUCAGACAACAAUGGGUUCUGAAGACCGAGUUGAUGCCCGAAACUUAUGAAGGAGACUCGCAGAUUGACGCCUGGAUGCCCACCCAUCGAUUUCGUAAUUCUUCUGCAAUCGGUCCAGUUGGCCACACGGCUAAAUGCAUCAUUGACACCUCGAAAGUUUUCAUCAUGUGGGUUCAUUCUGUUACUGAGUUCUUCCCCGGAAAAGGAUACGCUUUGCACAAAUUGACACCAGAGGAGGGCUUGGUUAGACAUUAUCGAGAUCAAACGCUUGGGAAUUGGGGAGAGAAGUGGCUGAAUGAAACACUGAAGUUUGGACCGUUACGAGAAACAGACUAUCCGAAGAAGUAUCUUGGAAAACUGACAGAAAAUGUGAAACGAAGAGCAAAAUAUGUUUAUGGAAAUGAAUUUGAUUAG